AUGAAAACUGCUCUACUGGCUGCGGAAGAUAAAAAUCCCUAUCCAGGAAAGGAGUACAGGCGAGAAGAUACGAUAUCACUAAAGAUAUUCACGGCUGCAUUACAGAAUCCGAUGUCAAACCUUAAUUGGGAAGACAAAGGAUACCUCAUCAAUAAGAAAAUGUUGCCAGCAAUGUGUUAUGCCACUGAAACAUGGCCUGAGAACAAGACGAUAGCCAAAGCCAUGCAAACAAUACAUCGUGGGCUAGAAAGAAGUUUCCUGAAAACUGCCCCCGGUCGGACGCGCAGUGCAACGGAGACCGGCAUUCGAGCCAAUUGUCUAUUUCUUUCUGCUUCAUUUGUGCCAUACAAUGAGUCCGCACGAGAGUGUGAGGAUCAGGCAAAUCACGGCGAGAAAAACCCGUCAGAUGCAGAAGGGAAUGCGGGUGCCAGUAUCUCAGCGGCACUAUUAGCUAAUUUCAAGACCGGUAUAAUCCGUACCGAGUUA